AUGGAGGAGAAGUACGCGGCCUUGCACAGGUGCCAGAUACACCUGGAUUACAUCCAGACCAAUAGCACAACACACAGCUUCCUUUUUGGAGCCCUUGCCGAAUUACUUGACAAUGCAAGAGAUGCAGGGGCUACAAGACUUGACGUGUUUUCAGUGGAUAAUGAAAAACUGCAGGGUGGAUUUAUGUUGUGCUUCCUUGAUGAUGGAUACGGAAUGAACCCUGAAGAAGCUUCAGAUGUCAUUUUCUUUGGAAUGUCUAAGAAACGGAAAGCUGCUUCAAGAUUCAUUGGACAUUAUGGCAACGGUCUUAAAAGUGGAUCUAUGAGGAUAGGGAAAGACUUCAUUCUUUUUACCAAGAAAGAAGAGACGAUGACCUGCAUUUUUUUAUCUCAGACUUUUUGUGAAAGUGAAGGUCUCAAUGAGGUAGUAGUUCCCAUACCAUCAUGGUCUUCAAAAACCAAAAAAUCUGUUACAGACCUUAAGAAAUUCUCUGAGGAACUAUCUGUAAUUUACAAAUAUUCUCCCUUUAAAACAGAGACUGAAUUAAUGAAGCAGUUUGACAAGAUUUAUACAAAAUCUGGUACUUUGGUGGUUAUAUAUAACUUGAAAUUAAUGCUCAAUGGAGAACCAGAACUGGACAUUAAAACUGACAAAGAAGAUAUUCUGAUAGCUGGAGUUCUUGAAGAUCUUCCAGAACGAUGGUCAUUCAGAGCCUACACAUCUGUGUUGUAUUUUGACCCUCGAAUGAGGAUUUUCAUCCAGACCAAAAGAGUUCAAACCAAGUACCUGUCUUAUUGCCUCUACAGACCCAGAAAGUAUCUUUAUGUCACAUCUGCUUUCAAAGGAGCAUCAAAAAAUGAAGUAAAAAAGGCAGAGGUAGCAGUAAAAAUUGCUGAACAAAUGGUAAAAGAAGCUCGAUACAAAAUAAACAACUCCCUCCAAACUGGUUUGUCUUCUGCCAAGGAUAUGUUAAAGAAAGCUUUGGAAGAUGCAGAAAUAAAGCAGAAGACACUUAAAGAGAAAGAAAAAGAACUGAAAAAACCUAAGAAGUUUUAUCUGAUCUUUGGAGUGAACAUAGAAAACAGAAGCCAAGAUGGAAUGUUCAUUUAUAGUAAUAGCCGCCUGAUAAGGAUGAAUGAGAAAGUGGGGCCACAAUUGAGAACUGGAUCUUUGCUUGGUGCUGGUGUUGUUGGGAUUGUUAACGUACCUUUGGAAAUCAUGGAACCAUCUCAUAAUAAACAAGGAUUCCUCAAUGUCAAAGAAUAUAAUCAUCUACUUAAAAUCAUGGGGCUUUAUUUGGUACAAUACUGGAAGGAUACCGGAUUCAGUAAUAGAAAUCCAAUGCUCUUCUGGAACAAAUUUGGAUACCAGAGUAAUAAAUGGUUGGAGAAGCCUUUAAAUUCUGCUCGGUACAGAAGACGACAAGCCAGUGAAAUCCCUUUCAUCGUUCAAUGUGAUCUUUGCCUUAAAUGGAGAAUUUUACCUUCCUCUGAUGAUUAUAAGAAAAGAGAAAAUUUGGGCAAUUGGACCUGUGCUAAUAAUCCAAACAUCUUGGAAAACAGUUGUCAUAGGCCAGAACUACUCCCUUCUUUUCCCCUGGGCACCAUGAAAAAAGCAUCACCAUCAGAAGAUGAGAAAGACAAACAACUCAGAGAUUCAGUGCAAAGAUAUCAGAAUAAAUUGGCAGAACAGCAGUCACAGAACUCUCACUUGAUGCCAGCAAAUAAGACCACAGAAUUCCUCCCCAGCUCCCAAGCUUCAGCUCCAAAGGUACCUUCUGGAGAUCACUGUGAAUGGGGAAUUCCAAAAGCACAAAUUGCUAACCACCUUUCUUCUCUUCAUCCCCCUCAAUUUUUUGCAGCAUUUUUCUACUUCUGA